AAGAAAAAGAAAAAAGGGAUUGUUGGACACCGUGCAAAUCAAGCAUUUAGUUGUUUGUUAUUUCACGCGCCCUCUCUCUUCGUUUGGACCUUCUCUUGCUCACUCACUGCAACGGCGCCGGAGAUUCGUCGCUCCUAUUCUCCACCGCCGCGAUGGGCGCCAAUUCCAUGCUCUCCGAAUCCUCUCACGAUGUCGACGAUCAGAUCUCCCAGCUAAUGCAGUGCAAGCCACUCUCCGAGCAACAGGUCAGAGUUUUAUGUGAGAAGGCCAAGGAGAUUUUAAUGGAUGAAAGUAAUGUUCAGCCUGUUAAAAGCCCGGUGACAAUUUGUGGCGAUAUUCAUGGGCAGUUUCAUGAUCUUGCUGAACUGUUUCGAAUUGGAGGGAAGUGUCCAGACACUAACUACUUGUUUAUGGGUGAUUAUGUGGACCGCGGUUACUAUUCAGUUGAGACUGUAACUCUCCUUGUGGCACUGAAAGUGCGGUAUCCUCAGCGGAUUACUAUUCUUAGAGGGAACCAUGAGAGCCGUCAGAUUACUCAAGUGUAUGGAUUUUAUGAUGAAUGCCUUCGAAAGUAUGGUAAUGCUAAUGUUUGGAAGACCUUUACAGAUCUUUUUGAUUUUUUCCCAUUGACAGCGUUGGUUGAAUCAGAAAUAUUCUGCUUGCAUGGUGGACUUUCACCUUCAAUUGAGACCCUUGAUAACAUACGGAACUUUGAUCGUGUUCAAGAAGUUCCUCAUGAAGGCCCCAUGUGUGAUCUAUUGUGGUCUGACCCAGAUGACAGAUGCGGCUGGGGAAUUUCUCCUCGAGGUGCUGGAUAUACUUUUGGCCAGGAUAUAUCAGAACAAUUUAAUCACACAAACAGCCUCAAGUUGAUUGCUAGAGCUCAUCAGCUGGUUAUGGAUGGAUUUAACUGGGCUCAUGAACAAAAGGUGGUUACCAUUUUUAGUGCGCCAAACUACUGUUACCGAUGUGGGAACAUGGCUUCCAUAUUGGAGGUUGAUGACUGCAAGGGACACACAUUUAUUCAGUUUGAACCUGCGCCUAGGAGAGGAGAACCUGAUGUGACUCGUAGAACGCCUGAUUAUUUCUUAUAAGGUAGCUGUUGAAUGUCAUACCGGUAUAUCAUUGUUACCUCUACUGCACUAAUUUCAGGUAGUUGCGCGCUUCCUCAUCAUGAGAUUGCUGUAAGCAUUUAUCUCCAUUGAUAUACACAUCCGUCCGUUUGGGGUUGUCCAAAGACUGCUUUGAUGUAUAAUAGGCAGGUAACUUUCCACUGAUCUGUUACACUCGAGAACUUGCUGGGGCACCUUGUCUGGAUACGUCGCCAAGAUGAUGACUAUGUCAGAAUUCAUAUUGUUCCAGCAAAAAUGUGGAUAUUUUUUGUUUGUUUUCCCCUCUUUAUUUUUUUUUUUUUUCAUGUUCAGUAACUCUAAUUCAAGGCUUUACAGGCUAUAUGACUGGACUUUUUUUGUCUCGUGGAUGUUUUUGCUAAGUUCUAUCAUUUUUCAGUUUAA